AUGAGAUUCCUUCCAUUCUCUGUCUUGCUGCCCUGUGCAUGUUUGGCAUGGGCACCAACGCCAAUGCUAGCACGGGAUGGUUUGCUCCGAUCGUCGAGCACGACGAGACCGUCCUUGCGAGUGAGUGCGCUGUCCCUCCGUGCUGUCUACACGCCAGAGCGAAAGAUUGAAAGCGCGAUGGAGAAACAAGUGGAGGAGCGAAGACAUGCUGCAGAGCAGUACUUCUCGGACUUUGACAGGUGGUAUCACAUCUGCCAGCAGGAGUCAGCUGCUCAGAAAUACUUUGCGGAGUUCGAUCACUGGUACCACCUUGACGACCGCAAGCCCGACAUCUGCAGAAUCUCGUGGAUGCACGAUUAUCCGGAGGAGACUGGCUCCAAAGUAGCCUGGAAUGACGACGGAGGAGACAUGCGCGACUUCUGCGGGGUCUUUGACGAUCCCGACUUGUAG